UAAGUUUUUUCUUGCCUUCAGUUUUGUGAUAGAGCCACCUUGUAAGAUAGCACUCAACCAAACUACAGAAUCGGAUUGGGUUAUGGCGGUGGCUUUGCGGUGGUGAGAGGGGGGGUGAGGAGUGGUCGGAGGCGCGGUUGUCAUUUUUGUUUAACAAUGCUUGUUCCUCUCUUCAACCUCGCUCCUAAUUUGACAGUUUCAAGACUCUGCUUAGGAACAAUGACUUUCGGUGAACAGAACUCGCUGCCUCAAUCCUUUGGCCUUCUUGACGAAGCCUUCAAUGCCGGCAUCAACUUCUUCGACUCUGCUGAAAUGUAUCCGGUACCUCAACGUGCUGAGACUCAGGGAAGGAGCGAAGAGUACCUUGGCCGUUGGAUUAAACGAAGGAAAAUUCCGAGGGAUCGCAUUGUCUUAGCAACAAAGGUUGCUGGACCUUCCGGCCAAAUGACUUGGAUUCGAGGCGGGCCCAAGUGUCUGGACUCUAGGAAUAUCACUGACGCCAUUGACAGUAGCUUGAAGAGAAUGCAGGUUGACUACAUUGAUCUUUACCAAAUUCAUUGGCCUGAUCGCUAUGUUCCGAUGUUUGGAGAAACUGAGUAUGAUCCCACCCGUCAGUUCUGUUCGGUUGGUAUAGAGGAACAACUCGAUGCUCUAGGCAGAGCUGUUGCUGCAGGGAAAAUCAGAUACAUUGGAGUCAGUAAUGAAACACCAUAUGGUGUAAUGAAGUUCAGUCAAGUUGCUGACAGAGUUGCGCAUUAUCCGAAAAUAGUAUCUGUGCAGAACUCCUACAACUUGCUCUGCCGAACUUUUGAUGCUGGAAUAGCUGAGUGCUGUCACCAUGAAGGGAUCAGUUUAUUGGCAUACAGUCCCCUGGCAAUGGGCAUACUUUCUGGGAAGUAUUUUGCAGCUGAUGGGGGUCCAGUAGAUGCGCGAUUAAAUGUUUUUAAAGGAAUGUAUUCAGAAGGGGAGUCAAGGUACAACCUCUCCAAUAACAUCAUAAAAGCUGCUGCCUUAGAAUAUCUUGCCAUUGCAAAAAAAUAUGGUCUUCAUCCUGUAUCUCUUGCUAUUGCCUUUGUUUUGAAACACCCUCUUGUUGCAAGCGCAAUAUUUGGAGCCACCAAAUCAUGGCAGCUCCAUGAGGUUCUUAAAGCAUGUAUGAUUGAGCUUACACCUGAAAUUAUUGCAGAAAUCAACAACAUUCAUGCAAGGAUCCCUAAUCCAUGCCCCUGAAUGAUUUUGUUAUUUAUACCGUUAGACUCUAAGGAUAUCUGUACUGGAUAGAUGUUUCGUUUUCCUUUUGGUAGGUAAAGUAUCUACUUGUCAUCUUUACCUAAUUAGCGUUGCAAAAUGCUAAUCUGAGAGAGCACGAGAUGUGGGUGAAAAUCAUGGUAAUAAAGGUUGAUCAGUAACUCCUUUCGGAACCCAAAAUGAUUUUCUUUUUUUCUUGGAAGCAGAAAAUCUUCUUCUCGUCUGUAUGAUGAAAGAUCUUUUUAAUUGUAAAUUAAUCAUGAUUGAUGGAUAUUUAGGCCGAACAACAAUGAAACCAUGAUGUUUCAUUAUGGAAGCAUGUGUUGAUACAAUGUAAAAAGCUCCCUUCAUUUUGGACCAUGCGUGUUUAUAUUUGUUCAUGUACUCAACACGCCCAUGACAUAGACAAAUUCAUGAAAUCAUCAAAACUUCUGUUGAGAAUGAAGAGGAGUUUUCUUCUGAAA